AUGCGUGUGACACGACACGUCAUAUGCUUAUGUAGUACUCUGUUUUUGAUGCCUCUAACUGUCUCCCAAACAACAUCCUUUGCGGCAAAGCGCAUCGUUCUCGGUCCAGACACGUUAAAAUCAGCCAAAAUAAACACCGGAGAUGUUGUUGCCGUAUGCGCGGAGAACUCUGAAAACUUCGCCAUUGGCAUCGCCUGGGCCUCUAUAGACGCGUCAGCCCAACAUGUUGGACUCUCGCAGUCCCUACUCCUUGCUACUGGGCUUCAUUUAGGACAACAAGCACAAGUGAUCCCGCUACGAAAAGAAACAUCGACCCACCGAUUACCCUCCCUUCAUCAAAUUCAGGAAGCUACCGAAGUCCGAUUGUAUGCUAGCACUUCAGCAGCAUCGCUUCCGUCCGGCAAACGCAGCGAUUGGCUGAAACUGGUAAUCAGGGAAUGCUUGGUUGACCUGAAAUACAUUGUAUCCGGCCAGCUAAUUGAAAUAACAUUCGAGCAACAAACACAACGCUUUGUAGUGGUCACACAAUCGACAGCAUCCGAGCUAGAUUCGGACCUGGCAGCGUUAUCGCUGGAAAGAAAACGACGUGUGUGCAUUGUGGGCUGGGAAACGGCUAUCAUACUCGAAGAUUCUCGCCCAGAGUCACCGAAAGCAGUCGAGACACUGGAGCAGGGCUCAACUGAAACCGGAUAUGAAAGUGUUGGUGGGCUUGGGAAGCAAAUAUCCGAAAUUCGAGAUCUUCUGGAGAUACCUUUGACGCGUCCUGAGUUAUUUCGACAUUUUGGACUCAAGCCUCCACGCGGCAUCCUUCUCCAUGGCCCACCAGGAACGGGGAAAACACACCUAGCCCGUGCCAUCGCUGCAUCAACGAAGUCUUCUGUCCUAGUAGUCAACGGGCCAGAACUCUCGUCUGCAUAUCACGGCGAAACAGAGGCCAAACUCAGAGACAUAUUCAAGGAAGCGUAUGAGAAGAGUCCAUGCAUCGUUGUUUUGGAUGAAGUUGAUGCCCUCGUUCCUAAACGAGAGGACGGCGCUGGUGGCGAAGUCGAGAAACGCGUUGUAGCGACGCUGUUGACGCUCCUCGAUGGAAUGGCUGAUACGCCCGAUGACCGGAGUCGUGUUGUGGUCAUUGGCACAACAAACAGACCGAAUGCAAUUGACCCAGCGUUACGAAGACCCGGAAGGUUUGACAGGGAGAUAGAAAUUGGCGUGCCAGAUGCUGCAGGCCGUCUAUCGAUCCUCCAAGUUUUACUAUCAAAAACGCCACAUGCGAUCUCCGAUGCAGAACUACUUCAAUUGGCAUCGAAAGCUCACGGCUAUGUUGGGGCUGAUCUCAGCGCUGUUGUGCGUGAAGCAGGGACUCUGGCCAUCAAGCGAUGGGUCGCCUCCCCGUCACCAGUACCACAAAGUCAAUUAACCCUCUCCCUCUCUGACUUGGAGACUGCAUUACCCACUAUCCGACCGUCUGGAAUGCGCUCCGUAUUUGUGGACACCCUUCCCGUUCGGUAUUCUGAGAUUGGCGGGCAAGCGUCUGUGAUCCAGAAGCUGCGUGAGGCCGUCGAAUGGCCGUUGCUCCAUCCAGAUGCUUUUACUAGGCUCGGCGUCAAGCCUCCAAAGGGUGUUUUGCUCUAUGGACCCCCAGGCUGCAGUAAAACAGUGCUCGCCCGCGCCUGUGCUUUUGAAUCGGGUGUCAACUUUAUCGCGGUGAAAGGUCCGGAAGUACUCAACAAAUUUGUUGGUGAAUCGGAGCGUACCGUGCGUGAGAUAUUCCGCAAAGCGCGUGCAGCAGCACCGUCCAUCGUGUUCUUUGACGAAAUCGAUGCCCUGGCCACCUCUCGUACCUCGUCGGAUACUGAUUCCGGCUCGUCACAUGAGGGCGUUUUGACGAGCUUGCUCAACGAAAUGGAUGGUGUCCAAGAGCUUCUUGGUGUGACCGUCCUCGCAGCCACCAACCGACCCGAUUCCAUCGACUCUGCAUUAAUGCGACCUGGUCGAUUAGAUCGCAUUAUCUACGUCGGGCCGCCAGACCAGCUUGGCAGAGAAGAGAUUCUUCGCAUAAGGACACGAACCAUGACAGUCGGGCCAGAUGUAAAUAUCACAGAAAUUGCUCAGCUUACCGACGGGUGUUCCGGUGCCGAAAUUUCUGCUCUUUGCCAGGAGGCAGCACUGUUGACGAUGCAGAAGGAUAUGAAUGCGCCAUUUGUCCCACACGAUGCCUUUGUUGCUGCAAGUAGAUCUAUGAAAAGGCAGAUUACACCAGCCUUACUGGAAAAGUUCACAAAGUGGAAAUCGUAG